AUGUCAGCUUCAGUCCUAGGAAAACGUACCAGGAGCUCAACAAAUGCAUCAGAUAGCGGUAUCCAGACCAGGGCGAAGCGCCGUGAGACAUUGGUGCUAGGAAACGACGAGAACGACAAUCCAUUCUUCAAGCCAAAUUCUUCUCCUGCAACACAACUGCAACCCACAUCCACACCCUCGAAACGCCUAACCUCGUCACCGAAUAAGAUCAGUGCACAUUUUUCCGUUUCGAAGACCACCAAAUCAUCUACUGUCGUCAAGUCAAGUCCACUUGCCACACCACAAACUCCACGACAUCGCGAUGCCCUUGCCUCAAAGAUCACAAUCACCCCAAGGCAUCGCCAUCUUAUCACUAGCAGUCCCGAAACUCCUCGCAGUCCAUACACUCCUUCAAGUGCUGCCAACAAUGUAUACAAUCAAGCUCGUCAAAUCUUCUCAAGAUGUACAGAUCCUGGGGUAUUGGUUGGAAGAGAAGAAGAGAAGGAGCAACUGUGUACAUUCAUAUCAGAACGCCUUGUCUCUAGCGAAGGCGGAUGUCUCUACAUCUCAGGACCACCAGGAACUGGANAAAGUGCUUUUGUUGGCCAAGUCUGUCAAGAUCUUGCUUCAGACUCAGAUCGUGAAUUGACCAUCUCGACCGUCAACUGUAUGAGUAUCAAAACGGCCAAAGACCUCGCCAACACUCUGUCAAAAGACCUGGAUCUCAAUAGCCGUUCUAAACGCGCUGCCGAUCUAGACUACUUGCGCGACAUCUUCUUCGAGCAAGAUAAGAAGUACGUCGUCAUCCUGGACGAAAUCGACCGCCUUGUCGAUCUGGACCUCAAACUGUUGUACAGCCUGUUCGAAUGGUCCCUGGAGCCUUCGUCAAGUCUUAUUCUUAUUGGCAUUGCUAACGCUCUUGAUUUGACUGACCGUUUCCUGCCUCGCCUCAAGUCACGUAAUCUCAAGCCGGAUCUGCUGCCGUUCAUGCCAUACACCGCUCCUCAAAUUGCCAAUAUCAUCACUUCGAAACUCAAGGGCUUGGACACUUCAUUGACAGACCCAAACUUCAUUCCAUUCUUACACCCUGCAGCAAUUCAGUUCUGCUCCAAGAAGGUCGCAUCUCAAACCGGUGAUCUCAGAAAAGCCUUCGAUAUCUGCAAGAGAGCUGUCGACAUGAUCGAGUCGGAGACGAAGAUCGAGCAAGCACGUAUUCGCCUUCAAGACAGCCCGUCCAAGACGCCAUUGAAGGAGAAUCUGAACCUGGCUUCUCCUGCUAUCAAGUUGGCAGCCUUCCAGAAGUCGGCUCUCAAGGACCCUCGCCAGACUACUCUCUUUCCUUCUAUCAGUCAUUUGACGCUUGAGACUGCGCCGAGAGCGACAAUCGCCCACGUUGCCAAAGUCACAGCCGCCGUGUUUAGCAAUGGAGCAUCUCAACGUCUAGCAUCUCUUAACCUACAGCAGAAGGCUGUGCUAUGUGCACUAUCGGCGCUCGAGAAGAAGAAGCGCGAGGCACCCAGCGUGGUGACUUUCCCAAUGACACCUUCAAAGCAUGCGAACACCGCACCUACCAUCAAGCAGCUGUAUGAAGCCUAUUGCACGCUGUGCAGCCGCGAGAAUUUGCUUCACGCUUUGACCAGCAUCGAGUUCAGAGACGUGGUCAGUGGUUUAGAGACACUAUCGCUAUUAUCUGCUGUUGAAGCCAAGGGUGCUUCGUCAUUCUCGAUGCCUUUGACGCCCUCUCGUACACCCAGCAGGAAGUCCAAGUCUGGAUUCACCGGUGCAGCAAUGGGUGACGAUAGAAGAAUGGCUGCUUGUGUUGGCCAUGCCGAGCUGAUCUCUGCUCUGAAAGGACCUGGCAGUGACAUUCUCAAGGAAAUGAUUGAAGGUGAUGGAAUCGUGGCAUGA